GCUUUCUUUCUCCCAGCACAUGUUCCUAGGGCGCCACCUCUUUGCGAGUCGCUCACUUCUUCAGCAGGUUUUGCCUCCAGAGCGUGUGAACAUUCCAGCCCCAGCUCAGUUUCUAACCCUGCUCUAACCUGCACAAGCAAAGCAUGCUUUCCAGCCUGUAGAGCGGACCCGUCGUUGUACCUCCCGCUGCUGCCACUGCCACCGCCACUGCCUCCACUGCCUCUGCUGCUGCCUCUGCUGCUUUUUUUAAAAGAUCCCUCUGCAACCUGGCUCCCUAGAUAAAAAACGACGACAUACGCCUUUUCCAAAAGUGUGUGUGGAAUCAACUUUCUAUCUGAACACUGCAUCCAAGGAGGUUCCGAGACCACGAAGAUACAAUGUUCAGGAAAUUGUUUCAGCAGUGGAGCUUUGCAGUGUUUCUGCUGAGUUAUUCUGUUCCCGCUUGUGGGAGAUCAGUGGAGGGGCUCAGCCGCCGACUCAAAAGAGCUGUAUCAGAACAUCAGUUUCUCCAUGACAAAGGGAAAGUUAUUCAAGAUCUACGACGAAGAAUUUUUCUUCAAAAUUUGAUCGAAGGUAUUAACACAGCUGAAAUACGAGCUACCUUAGAGGUUUCUCCUAAUCCCAAACCUGCUACCAAUACAAAGAACUACCCUGUCCGCUUUGGAAGUGAAGAUGAAGGGAGAUAUCUAACUCAGGAGACCAACAAGGCACAGACAUAUAAAGAGCAGCCACUGAGGACAUCUAACAAGAAAAAGAAAGGCAAACCUGGGAAACGCAAGGAACAGGAAAAGAAAAAACGGCGAACUCGAUCAACUUGGUUAAACUCUGGAGUAGCUGGUAGUGGGGUUGAAGGGAUUCACCUAUCAGACAUCUCUGGGACUACGCUGGAUCUCAACUUAUGGAGGCAUUGAAAUUUUCAUCUGAGGACUUCAGAAAACAUAUUGCAGUAUUCUGUAAUAGUAAACAUAUGGAAAGUAUUAGAAAUAUUUAUUGUCUGUAAAUACUGUAAAUGCAUUGGAAUAAAACGGUGCCCCUUCCCUAUUGCUCAAUGAAAUGGCACAUUGGUCAUUGUGAAUUUUCUUUUUUCCCUCCAGGCUAAGCCAAUUAUUAUCCCAUUUUAUCAUAAUUUAUUUUUUGAAUGAUGUAUUUAUUUUGUAAAUGUAUCUUGGUGCUGCUGACUUAAUUUUUUUGUAACAUAAUGCACUUUAGAUAUACAUAUCAAUUAUGUGGAUAACUGACACAAGUAAGUGUUGCUAUUUGUGGUUCAUUUUAAUAAAUGCCUGAGUAUAAUUGUUCAAACUGCUUUUCCUCUCUGCAUGUAAAAAUAGCAGUAUUUUGAAUUUGUAAAGAAAGUCUAAUAAAAUAUAAUCUACUUAU